AUGCAGCAGCACCUGAUGCAGAUGCAGCCCAUGAUGGCAGCUUAUUAUCCCAACAACGUCACUACUGAUCAUAUUCAACAGUAUCUGGAUGAGAACAAGUCAUUGAUCUUAAAGAUUGUUGAGAGCCAGAAUUCAGGGAAAUUGAGUGAAUGUGCUGAGAACCAAGCAAGGCUGCAGCGAAACCUCAUGUACCUGGCUGCAAUUGCAGAUUCUCAACCCCAACCACCAAACAUGCAUGCCCAGUUUCCUUCCAGCGGUAUUAUGCAGCCAGGAGGACCCUAUAUGCAGCACCAACAAGCUCAACAGAUGACCCCACAAUCACUUACGGCUGCACGGUCCUCCAUGCUGUAUGCUCAGCAGCCAUUUUCAGCCCUGCAACAACAACAAACUUUACACGGUCAGCUUGGCAUGAGCUCUGGUGGAAACGCAGGCCUUCAUAUGCUGCAAAGUGAGGGUAGCACUGCAGGUGGCAGUGGAGCACUUGGGGCAGGAGGGUUUCCUGAUUUUGGACGUGGCUCUUCUGGAGAAGGCAUGCAUGGUGGCAGGGCAAUGGCAGGUGGAAGCAAGCAAGAUAUUGGGAGUUCAGGGUCAGCUGAAAGGUCUGAGGCAGCUCCGGAGGUCAGGGUGGUGAUGGGGUGAAACCCUUUACUUAAAAGGGCUGAUGAUGGAAUUGAGAGAUAGAAUGGUGGACCGUCCUUAGGAGAGUUAGCUAGGAAGAUCAAUUUAGUGACAAAAAAAGACUAAAAAGUAAAGAAAAUUUUUUGCUCAUGGAACUUGUUCCUGGUGCAAAAAACAAUGUUAGGACUUAGCCUCAGACGUUUCGGCUUUUGUGUUUUCUAGUGUGGGACGAGUGCAUCCUAUGGUAAUUUAACAUGUAAAUUGUAGGGUAUCAUGGUUCUACUUGCCUUGCGUUUCACUUCAGUGUGGUAUCAGUUUCAUUAUGACUCUCUGUUUGGACCAUGUUUCAGUAGAUGAAUUUUGAUGGUCAUUUACAGAGAUUGGAAA